GAGACGCCCUUUGUGUACGAUAGAGGAAACCCUGUGUCGUGGGCGCCGCCAUCUUGGACAGGCAGUCUCCCUCCUCCAGCCCAGAGGAAGCUGCAGAUCCGCUCGGAAAGCUCACGGCGUGAAAUCAACACCACAGCCCCUGAGCCACAAUGGCCACCGCACCGUACAACUACUCGUACAUUUUUAAAUACAUCAUCAUCGGGGAUAUGGGGGUAGGGAAGUCAUGUUUGCUUCACCAGUUUACAGAAAAGAAAUUCAUGGCGGACUGCCCCCACACAAUUGGUGUGGAGUUUGGAACAAGGAUUAUUGAGGUGAGCGGGCAGAAGAUCAAGCUGCAGAUCUGGGACACGGCAGGGCAGGAGCGCUUCAGAGCUGUGACACGCAGCUACUAUCGGGGCGCCGCCGGAGCGCUCAUGGUGUACGACAUCACCAGGAGAAGCACUUAUAACCACCUCAGUAGCUGGCUUACUGAUGCCAGGAACCUCACCAACCCCAAUACUGUGAUCAUUCUCAUAGGUAACAAAGCAGACCUGGAAGCCCAGCGAGAUGUGACAUAUGAGGAAGCCAAGCAGUUUGCUGAGGAGAACGGUUUGCUCUUCCUGGAAGCCAGUGCAAAAACAGGCGAGAAUGUGGAGGAUGCUUUCCUGGAGGCGGCAAAAAAGAUUUACCAGAACAUUCAGGAUGGCAGCCUGGACCUGAACGCGGCCGAAUCAGGGGUCCAGCACAAGCCCUCUGCCCCUCAGGGCGGCCGGCUAACCAGCGAAGCACAGCCUCAGAGGGAAGGAUGCGGCUGCUAAUGACCAACACUACCUACUCGACCUUCUCAUCCCCUCUCACCUCUCCUCCUUUCCCAUCACUCCACCCGGCCUCGUCCUUUCUCAACCUACAGGGGGUGUGAGCAGGGGCCGACAAACGGAGGCAACUACACACAGGCUCGACUGUUUGUCAGUGAUUCUCCCCCUUUCUAUCACUUUCUCUCUCACUUGGUUACCAGUUUGUCCUUUUUCUUCCGUCAUGCUCUGCCUGAGUAUCGGCCGAUAUCUGAUACUGGUCAGAGGUAUGAGAAGCCUCAAAGGGAUGAUGGCAGCAUGAUGGUAUUCAAUCAAUGAUCUGUUGUGUUAGUCAACACCAUGAAUUUUCAUAAAACAUCAGUCAGAACAGAGAAUACGUCAAUUCCGAGACAGUAUUGGGCCUAAUACCGAUAUUCAGGAUCAGAUGGUACGUCCAGCUCUUUUUGCUAGCAUCAAAAUCCUGUCAGAUUAAUGAUGUGUAUUUUAAUAUAGUGUGUGUUAAUUCUUGGGGAUGUUGGAGAGUCUUUUCUCUCUCUCAAAAAAACGACACUUUACGAAAAGGCACUUCCCCUCACUUAAUCUUUUAAAAGAUUCCCUUUUUUUUUUUUUUUCCAUCUCUUUGUGCUGGGCCUCAGUUUUCCCUUCUCAAACCAUGUACAUUAGAACUAGAACCAGCAUAUGAUUUGUUGCCUUAUUGUCUUAUGAUUCAUGUUAAUAUUGUAACCAUCAUUGUCUAAUCUUUUUCUGUUCUCUGUCAGAAUUAAACAUGCAGUUUUACACGGUUA